AUGCAGGGCCCGUCCUGGACUGAACGGUCAAAGGAGAGAGAGGACUCCAGCGAAGGAUACUCCUUGCCUGGCUAUGAAGACCCGUCCAGGUACUACCCAGCUACAAAGGAGACAAAGGAGAUCGGGGGGAGCCAGGAGCGGGACCCCAGUUUUGACAUCCACACACUGAGGACAGCUCAGAGAGAGGCUGGUCUAAAGGAGAGAAAGGAGAGCCCAGCGUGGUGGGUACUAUUACCCUCGCUAGGCGCUGGUUUUGGACCUCCAGAGACCCCCGGCCUCCGGGCCCUAAAGGAGACUCCAUCAUCGGCCCACCGGGCUUUCCAGGCUUCCUGGACCUCCUGGCGCGGCAAUGAUGGGCCGCCAGACCUCCAGGGCCCCCUGGGUCCUCCAGGAUCAACAGUGUCUGUGGAUGGACGGGGAGUGCAGAGUGAUCGCUGUCGCACAUGUUUACGGCACAACUUUACUUCUUUACUUGAGAACAUUUUGUUUGACAGCCAUCAGCAUCCCCUGGCCCACCAGACCCCCUGUGAGCACCGGGUACACCAGGCAUUCUUCAGGGUCACAGUUCUCCGCUCCUACGACACCAUGAGGGCCACAGCCCGGGGGCAUCCCGAAGGGUCUCUGGUCUACGUCCUGGACCAGACCGACCUGUACCUCCGGGUCCGAGACGGAGUCCGCCAAGUCCAGGUGCCAAUCACAGUAUCACACGGCCACACUCAUAGUUCUGACCUCACACAACCAUAA